UGCCUUGCGAUUGCCCGGGGAAACAGCACGCCUCUGCAACGUCUCUCUUUCCGGUCUCCGUCACGGUCGUUCCUCUCCUGCUCACACCUAUGUCCGUCAAGGCCCAGGUCCGCGUGGUGGUGGCGAGUGUGGUGUGCUUGGUGCUGCUGGCUGCCGUGUGUGACGGAGCCUCCAUCACCAGUAUGUGCAUCAGGAACUGCGGGCAGUGCAAGGAGAUGUACGGCGACUACUUCCACGGGCAGGCCUGCGCCGAGUCCUGCAUCAUGACGCAGGGCAUGAGCAUCCCCGACUGCAACAACCCCUCCACCUUCAAUCGCUUCCUCAAGAGGUUCAUCUAAGGAAGCCCCUUAAUAAAACUCGAGUCCUGUCCUUCCAGCUCCUUCCUCUCAGCCCCGAACGAGACGGCCUUCCUAGGAACCAAGGCUUGUGACCUCGAGGCUCGGAGGCUUCCUCUACCCCCCCCCCCCGCCCCCCAGCGAACACGCUUCGUUCUCCUUCUUCUUCGAAAAAAAAUGGAAUCGUGUUGUCGUCUCCUCUUCUCCUUCUACGCUUUCCUCUCUCCUCUCUAUGACUCUCUCUCCGCCCCUCUGAGAGGACGCCUGGCCUCGAGGACAGCCUCUCCUUCCAAGGCGGGAAGGGCGGUGUCCUGGUCUUCCAUUUUCUAUUUCUGAUUCCUCCUCUUCCGCUUUCUCUAGAUGUCUCUUUCUUUCGUUUUCCCCCUCCCUCCCUCCCUCUCUCUCUCUCUCUCUCUCUCUCUCUCUCUCUCUCUCUCUCUCUCUCUCUCUCUCUCUCUCUCUCUCUCUCUCUCUUCUCUCUCUCUCCUGCCCUAGGAAUUUUAGAUUGAAUUAGUUACCAGAAUGUGAAAGCAUAUUAAGAAUUUCGUCCCAAGCCCAGUAUUAGGUCAGAUGAAACAAAACCAGACACGCGUAUGACUUGGAAGGAGAUUUGCUGUACAAAAAAAAAGUUAUACGAAGGAUCAAGAUGGUUUGUGUACCUUAUAAAGAAAUAUACUGAAUUAGUUUCAAUUUCUUCUGAACUUGUAUGAUGAGUAUAUUAAAAUGUCGUCCAUUUUUGUCACUACUGCUUUCAAGCCUAUGAUGAGUAACAGUGUUUAUACGAUUGCAUAAUAAUGAUGAUCAUUACGUGACUGCGGUACCUGGAUAUUGACUCCGCGUUGGGGGCCCCUGGCAUGACUGCUUCUUCUCCGAAUAGAUCAUUUGCCUCUUAAAAGAUGACUGAUUCUACUGACGUACCCGAGAUCUCUGCUGUAAAAUGUUCACCUUGUGACACCCGCUUGGAAAUGUGAAGAUGAAGUAGUGUCCAUAUGACCGAUGGAAACAAAUAAAUUUUGGGGUUUGACUUGAUACCUUGCAACGGAACAUAGAUAUUGUCUAUCAGGGACUGUGUAAGCCAUAAUUCAAUAAAUUAUUUAAUCUGA